GUCAUCUCGCGGUUGAUUUAAAAGCCAUGAUCACGUGUUUACUGUUGUUGAUCAAUCAAACUUUGUGUUUAUAUUAUAUUAUUUAACUUGAAUGCCUCAUCACUUCAGCAGCAAAGUCCUGAUGUAAGUCAACAUGUCUGAGAUGAGCGAUUCCCUGUCUUCAUCAUAUGUCGUGCUAGAUUCAUGCGGUACUUCCGAUCCAUCAAUAAUAUGUCUUGAUGAAUCCUUUGAUGUGAAGCCCAGACUAUCGUCACUACCCAUCAUCAUUCCCGAUACAUCUCUGUCCGAGGAAGAUGAUGUUACAAUCAUCGAAAGAAGUAUUAAGCAGGAGAAAGAUAUAAGUGCAAUAUCCGGGCAGGGUACGGUAGACUCUACCAAUGUAAAGCCAGGCAAAGAGCUCAAGUUGCCUUGUACGCCGUCAGAACGCGAGUGUAAGCGUAGGAGACUCAAUACCUCAUUAUGCGAUGUGCCACUCGCUAGCACUCCUCUUGCCGGGUCUUCAGGGGCACCAGAGCAACUCCAAGAAACACCUAUCCCUGUAAAGUAUGAAAGAAUACGAGUUGAUCUCAGUGCAACAAAAAAGGAGCAAAAGAGACUCAUAGGACAUGUGCAGAAGAUCGAGGAGAAUAUGCGUCUCAUGCAGGAAGAGCUAAGUAAAAAGAGGAAGAGAGAGGAAAAAAUUGAAAACGAUCCGCUUGAUUUCAGUAUAGAUGAUGAAACUGAUGUACUCCGACCAGUCGUCAUUGAUGCCAGUAACGUAGCAAUGAACCAUGGCAACAGCAAGGUCUUCUCCUGUAAGGGUAUCUCAAUCUGCAUCCAGUUCUUCAUGCAAAGAGGUCACACCAAAGUCCACGCCCUUCUCCCUCGGGACUGGAAGGAGUACAAGAAAGUCCCCAUCAAGGAUCCUCACCUUGUAGAUGAACUCAAGUCCCGGGAUCUCCUCAGGUUUACACCUGCCGGUCUGAGGGGUGGAAAAAGGGCCACGCCCUAUGACGACAGGAUAAUGCUACAAGCAGCCUGCAGGAAUGGAGGGGUGAUUGUGAGCAACGAUAACUACAGAGAUCUUAUAAACGAGUCUGCAGAAUUCAAGUUCGUCAUCGACAACAGGUUGAUUAAAUUCACCUUUCUUGGCAAUGAAUUUCUGGUUUCGAAAGAUACCUAUGGCCGCAAUGGACCAGAACUAAAUGAAAUUCUUCGAAGACCAGAAAAAUUCUCAGAGACAGACCCAGAGAAAUCAUCUGAGAAACCCCAAGAGGCCGUCCCAGAAGAAGCUCCAAAGACAGCCCCAAAGAAAGGCCCAUUGCAGUCUCUGAAAAACAAAGUCCUCAACACCUUCAAUAAAAUGGCACCAAGACAACAUCCAAGACCAGAGGUUGAGAAAGUCCCAGAUAGAGCCCCCUUAGAGCCAGUGUCUUACAAUGUACUCAACAGAAUGAACAAUAACAGGUCUAAUACAAUGGCAACAUUGCAACAUCACAGACCAGAGGUCCCCCUACACCCACUGCCCAACAAUGUGUUUAACAGAGAGAACAACAACAACAACAGCUGCAAUACAAGGGCACCAAUACAACGACUCAGAAAUGUACUCCACAACUUCUCUGCAAGGGAACCAUCGCACCAGCUCAGACCGCAGAGGGCGCCAUUCACAACAAUGGUAAACUACAAUUACAACAGAUACUACAGGCGGACGCCGAUAGAAGAGAUGCGGUAUCGAUUUUACAAUCGAUUUUAGGGAAC